AUGUCUACCGAGGAUCAGUCGCUCCUUGAGCGCAUCGAGAUGCCCAGCAUCCCUGAGUCUGCCAUGAAGCAGAUCGCCAUUCUGGAGGAGCAGUUUGCUCGCGCUGAGGUCGAACAGCUCCGCAACACUGUCAAGCUCACCCAGCCUCUGAUCGAGAAACGCGCCGAGAUCAUCAAGAUGCCCGACGUCCAGGCCGAGUUCUGGAUGCGCGUCUUCGCCAGCGCUCCCCCCGAGAUCGACGAGUACAUUCUGCCCAGUGACGCCGCCGUCCUGGGUGAGGCCCUUACUAACAUGACCGUUGAGCGCUUCGAGCUUGACGCCCAAGGCAACGGCGAGCCCCGCUCCCUGCGCUUCACCUUCGAGUUCAAGACCGGCGAGGAGAACCCCUUCUUCACCAACGACAAGCUCGUUAAGAACUUCUACUGGCGCCAGGAGGUCUCCAAGUCCUCCUCUGGUCGCACCCGCACCUGGGAGGGUCUCGUCUCCGAGCCCGUGCGCAUCAACUGGAAGAAGGAUAUGGACCUGACCCGCGGUCUUCUUGACGCUGCCUGCGAUCUUUAUGAAGCUGAGAAGAAGAAGGGUGGUGACCGCAGGAAGCUUCCCGAGUUCGCUACCCUCGUUCAGAAGGUUGAGGAGGCUGAUGCCGCCGAGGCCGAUGACGAGGAUGAUGACGAGGAUAUGCCCAGCCCCGUUGGCAUGAGCUUCUUCGGAUUCUUCGGUUACCGUGGCCGUGACGUCUCCGCUGCUCAGUCCAAGGAGGCUGCCAAGGAGAUCGAGGCCCGCUGGGCUAAGGUCCAGAAGGGUGAGGAGAUCACCGAGGACGGUGAUAGCGAUGAUGAGAACGAGGAUGACGAGGAUGGACUCGAGGAUGCCGAGAUCUUCCCCGACGGUGAUGACCUCGCUGUUGCCAUUGCUGAGGACCUCUGGCCCGAUGCGCUCCGCUACUACGUUCAAUCCUACCAGGCCGCCGAUGAUCUCGAAGACAUGGAUCUCGAGAUGGAAGAAUUGGAUGGAAUGGACGAAGAUGAGGAUGAAGAAAGUGAGUCGCGCCCGCGCAAGAAGGCUCGCAACUAA